ACUUUCUCCAUUCCCUGUUUCUUGGCGUCCCCAAAACACACACACACAUAUAUGCCCUAAAUAAAAUUAUUGUUAGAAGAGAAAAAAUGGAACUGAAGAUAGAUAGAUACCGUAAAUUAAGGCUUGAAGAAUCCUUAUUAAAUACCUGCCAUUAUCCAUGUGCUUGUAAAGAGCUCGCCUUACUUAUCAAAUUAUCAUUUCCCAAAUUCCCCAAAAAUUUACAAUCUCUUGUCUUCCAAGAUGUUCUCUCCGCUUUUCGCCUCCUUCCGCGAAUGCAGACGCAGUGCGCGGUUUCAGCAGCGAAUACGCUUCUGCAGAGUGUGGAGUCGGCGCUACCAAAGCAAAAGAAGGCGUUGGCUGUAACCGAGUUCAAGCAUGCCAUGGUUGCUCAUAAGAGGUUUUCCAAAGCCCGAAAUAAAGACGAGGAAGAUUUGGUUGAACUUCCACAAGAUGUUCUUGUGCAUGUCUUUAGCUUCUUGGACUUGCAAUCCUUUGUUUUUGCUUCACAAGUUUGCGGUUCAUGGAAUGCUGCCUCAAGGGAUAAUCGUCUAUGGCAAUCCCUGUAUACCAUAUAUUUCAGCACUUAUAAUUUGUCUGAGAUUACUAAGCUUAUUGGUGGAUUGACCGUGGAUAAAAAGUUAGAACAGUCUCAAGAGAGCAUCUUUUGUGGUGACAACCUUGAGUGGCGAAAUCUUUUCAAGGAAACAUAUAAUGGAUUAUCAUCCAAGAAACUUCUUACAUGUUCCAGGGGGUUCUGCAAGCAUUGUCAUGAAAUUAUUUGGUUCAGUGACUUGAGAAAUGAAACUAUAUCUCGAGUGAAAUGCAAGUAUCACCAAAUCAGGCCAUUAUCUACUCGGCAGAUUGUAGAGUAUAUAGAUGGUGAUCAUACUUCGUCAGAUCGUGAUAGUGAUAGCGAUUCUGAUUCAUACGAAGAAUUUUCUAAGCUAUGGGCAUAUCCGAAGAGGCAGGGAUCUUAUAUUUGAGGCAGUGCACAUGGUCGGGGCAGAAGGAAGGUCACUAGAUAUGUCAAUUCGUGAUGGUACCCGAAAUUCUUUGUAAGUUUUUUUACAUGUAUUAAAUCUGUAUACUUUGACCUGUAGCUAGGAUGUAAAUGAUUAUAUGAUCAGAAAUUACAGAUACAUCAAUUAUUGUAGAAAUAGCCAAAGAGAGUUUCUGAGAAAUAGCUGAUUUAUUCACUUUGAUUUGGUGUAUAAUAAAAACUCUGCCAUUUUCAUUUA